AUGGGAUCGCUUUUGCGACAGUCGUACGAUCUCGCAGUGCAGGCAGGACUGCGUACGAUGGAGGCGAACGUGAUCCCCGACCGCGCUCUGCGACCAGCUUGCCGUUACCUCAUGUCGCAGCGUAUCGCCAUGUCGCGAAAGGAGACCGUGGAGGAACAGCUUCAGGACCUGGUCGAAUUCGCAGAGUCUCUCAAGUCAAUGCCCAUCGCUCUCAGCACGGCAGCAGCCAACGAGCAGCACUACGAGGUCCCCACGGAGCUCUUCCAGCUGUGCCUGGGGAAGCGACUUAAAUACAGAGCUCCCAACAGAGCUCUUCCAGAUGUGCCUGGGGAAGCGACUCAAGUACAGGUGGGAAUCAAUGCGCGUGGCUCAGGUGAGCGUGAGCCCUACCCACUGAUUGCAGGUGAGCGUGAGCCCUACCCACUGAUUGCAGGUGAGGGAGACCCAGUGAACUUGCGGCUGCGUGCAGACCCAGCCGCCCUCCGCUCUCGUCAUCUCGGCUGGGCUUCUCUCUCUGGGGGCCUUUUCCGCAGCUGCUGCUGCUCCCCCAUGGCGAAGACCACUCUGGAUGAAGCAGAGGAGCUGAUGCCGGCCAUGUACUGCAAGACACGUGCAGGAGCCCCGAGCCGAGGUCUCCCUUCCCUACCAGCUGCUGUCAUGGCAGGACGUGCUGAGUGUGCUCUUCCCUCCUCUGCCAUGUAUUCCCCCGUUUGCCUCCCCCGCAGCUGCUGCUACUUCCCCACAGCCAAGACUACUCUGGAUGAAGCAGAGGAGCUGAUGCUGGCAAUUUACUGCGUGCGGGCGCAGCUGGUAGACGGACAAGAUGUCAUGCCCCCCCACUUCCCUGUCUGCUGCUACUUCCCUUCCCCCAAGACCACUCUGGACGAAGCAGAGGAGCUGAUGCUGGCAAUGUACUGUGAGAGGGCUCAGCUGGCAGACGGGCAGGAUAUCUUGGAGCUGGGGUGCGGGUGGGGCAGCCUGUCGCUGUACAUGGGGGAGAAGUACCCCAACAGCCGCAUCGUUGGGGUGUCCAACUCUAGCACGCAGAGAGCCUACAUUGAAGGCCAGUGCAAGAAGCGGGGCAUCAAUAACGUGCGAAUCAUCACAGCAGACAUGAACACGUUUCAGGCAGAGGGCACCUUCGAUAGAGUGGUGUCUGUUGAGAUGUUUGAGCACAUGAAGAACUACCAGCUGCUGCUGAAAAAGGUGGCUUCCUGGAUGAAGCCAGAGGCGCUGCUCUUCAUUCACAUCUUCACACACAAGGACUUUGCAUACCACUUUGAGGAUGCGGGGCCUGACGACUGGAUGACUCGCUACUUCUUCACGGGGGGCACGAUGCCGGCUGACAAGCUGCUGCUCUACUUCCAGGACGACCUGAGCAUCGCCAACCACUGGUGCCUGAACGGCACUCAUUACCAGCGGACUAGUGAGGCGUGGUUACACAACUUUGACGCCAACAUUGUGAAGCUCCGGCCGAUCCUAGCGGAGACGUACGGCAAGGAAGCGGCGACCAAGUGGACGGUGUACUGGCGCACAUUCUUCAUUGCCGUGGCUGAGCUCUUCGGCUACUCCAAGGGACAAGAGUGGAUCAUUUCCCACUACCUCUUCCAGAAGAAGCAAGCAUAA